AUGAAUAAGUUCAAAAAACAUAAAAAUAUCGAGAACUUAAGUGCAGAAAGAGAUACGAAGAAGCUCCAUUGGAAUUUCGGAUUUUCUGAUGAAUUGCCAUUUGAAGAUCAAAACUUGACUUUUACUUUUAAACAUGAUGUUUUAUUUGUAAAAGCAGUGACUCAUAAAUAUCUAGAAGAUUAA